UCCCUCCCUCCCUCCCCCCUCGUCGACUCCAUCACCCUCGACGCCGUCUUUCUUCCCUAGGUCAAAUUGGGUUGGACAAUGGCUGCCAGACUUGCUUUCCAACGGCGCGCCGCCCGGGCUACCGCCGCCGCCCUCGUCGGCUCCUUUGCCCUUGUUCCCACCGUCGCCUUCGCCGAAGCCUCCGAGAGCCGUGCCUCUGCCAAAAAGCCCAUCUACGACGAUGACUUCGAUGUUGUGCCCUCCACCCCUUCCUUCACCUCCGCCGAGACCACAAAAGACGUCAGCUCUCCUGCCGCUGCCACCCUAAACGCUCCCGUCACCACCAAGUCUUCGACCAGGUCCGGCGAGAGGACUUUCACUGAUAGCCUCAUUGACGUGCUCGCCAGCACCAACACCCCCCGCGGCCCUACCCCUACCGACCGUCUGGCCGCCCAGAUCCGCCGUGCCCGCCUGUUCCUCUACAAACAAGCCUGCGUCGCCGAGGACGCCGUCAACGCCGGCAUGUCUCGCGCCUUUGACCUCGAGCACUCUUUCACCUCCACCGUUGCCGGCCUUGCCCCUCCCCGUGAGAGCGGCGAGCGCCUCAUGCCAGGCCUCAUCUACGUUCUCGUCUCGGGUAUGGCCGGUAGCAUCGUUGCGCGCAACCGCAACGUUGUCCUCCGCGGCGCUACCCCUCUCGCCUUCGGUCUCGGCGCCGCUUGGGUCGUCCUCCCUGUCACCAUGAACAACGUCAGCUCGCUGGUGUGGAAGUACGAGCAAAAGUUCCCCGCCGUGGCGGACGCGCACAUUAGGACCCGCGAGGGUAUCGAGAAGGGUAUCUACAUGGCCAAGGUGCACGCCGAGAUUGCGCAGCACAAGGUCGAUGAGGCGGUUACCAGCGUGAGGGAGACGGUUGAAGGAUGGGUUCGCAAGGGCAAAUAAAUCAUCGCAGCAUUGUCACUUAUAGAGAAAUCGGAACUAGGGAAAGUGGAUGAUGGUUAUGAAAAAAAAGAGUAUCAAGAGCGGGCACAGGCACGUGGGGCUGUGACCUGUGUGUUUGUGUGUGUGUAUAUAUGUACACAUGUUAGGAAUAGCUGGGCGAUUCCAAGUGAAAGCGGAAAAUAGAGAUCGUGUUAAGUUUCAGGCGCGAGGGGAGCUCCUCUGCCAUGUAUAUUG